AUGACACCACCACUCAUCGCCCUAGAGGAGCACUACUACUCCUCCGCGAUCUUCUCCUCCCUCGACCCUCGCUUCCAGCAUCAACUCAGCGCCAUCCCCGGCCUCGCAAACAGCCUGCGCGAAGUCGGCAAUGAGCGGCUCGCCUCCAUGGAUGACGGGCACAUCGCCCUGCAGGUGAUUUCCCACGCCUUCACUCCAGGAAGCCCCUCGGCGGAAAACUGCCGCUUAGGCAACGACGAGCUCGCGCACGCCAUCGCGUCCAGCGGCCACGCAGAGCGCUACGCCGCCUUCGCCGUGCUCCCCGUCGGCUCGCCGUCAGAAAGCGCGCUCGAGCUCGCCCGCACCGUGUCGUCGCACCACUUCGUCGGCGCGCUGGUCGACAACCACGCGAACGGCAAACACUUCGAUGGGCCGGAGUACGACGUGCUGUGGUCGCAGGCGUGCGAGCUCGACGUGCCGAUCUACUUGCAUCCGACGUUCCCGUCGAUGGAGGCGGCGAAGGGCUUCAUGGGCGCGUAUCCGCUGAAUGUGGGGAUUAGUCUGGGCGCGGCCGGGUAUGGGUGGCAUGGCGAUGUCGGGUUGCAUGUGCUGAAGCUUUUCUGUGCGGGCGUUUUUGAUAGGUUUCCGAAACUGAAGGUGGUGGUGGGGCAUUUUGGGGAGACGCUCCCGUUUAUGUUGGAGCGGUGCGAGGAUAUGAGUGAGCGGUGGGGAGGGUGGGGGAAGAGGGAACGGGGGUUGAGGAGGGUGUGGGAUGAGAAUGUUUGGGUGACGACCAGUGGGGCGUGGAGUUUGGGGCCGAUGAAGUGUUUGGUGGAGAAUACCAAGGUGGACAGGGUUUUGUAUAGUGUGGAUUAUCCGUUCGAGAGUAAUGGGAAGGGGAGGGAGUGGUUUGAGAAGUUGGAGGCGAGUGGGUUGCUGAGUGAGGAGGAGUUGAGGGGGGUGGCGUAUGGGAAUGCGGAGGCGUUGUUGAGAGUGAAGGCGAAGGGGUAG